UUUCCCUCCUUUUCUAUUUUCCGGACAUCCCUUGCUCACUAUAUGUUUGACAAAACGUUUUGCAACUUUGAAUGAAGAAAGUGUGGCCUUUGCUAAGAAGCAUCCGAAGCAGCUUCAUCACUUCUCAGACCCGAACUCACACAAAGAUGGAUCAUUUGGAGCAUUACAGUUACAAUCCAACCCUGCGUUGGAACCCACAGGUUGAAGAGUACUUCAUCAAAGCAUAUGGAGCUGACCAUUUUUCUCGAAUCUCCAAAGCCCUAACGCACCCGUCUUGCUACUCUUGUAUUCGCGUAAAUACUCUCAAGUCUUCAAGUGAUGCCAUAAUUCUGAAGCUAUUGGAAACCCUAGAAGAAAAGGGCCUUAACUGUGCUACUGAUGGCAAAAGCAUAAACACAAGUAAUGCCUCUGCUGAUGUUGAUACGAGCCAGAAGCAAGGAAGCUUUUCAAAGGAAAUUCAUCAUUUUUCAGACCAACAUUUUUCAACAAGGAUGAGAGUAUUUGGAGAUGGGGAUGCUUUGCACAAAAUGGCAAUUUUUAAGUGUCAGAUACCCGGAUUAGACAAUGUUGUGUUUGUUAAAGGUUCAGGACCCCACACAAUUCAAUAUGGUGAUGCAUCGAACAAACCUCUGAAGGAAGUCAUUGUGAGCCGCAAAUGUGCUGAGGCAGUUCUCCGAGGUGCUCAGGUAUUUGUUCCUGGUGCAUUAGCUUGUAGUGCUCAUGUUGAGAAAGGAGACACGGUUGCAGUUUCAGUUGUGGUGGAGCAGCCCAGCAUUGAUGGUAGAUGGGGUGUUGGUAUGACACGAGGAACUGUUCUACAGGGACUCGAGACAGAUCCUCUUUAUUUUGAAAGAAAUGGUCUGUAUAUUGGUCAAGGAACCGCAAUGAUGUCAAGGGCUGGGAUCUUCCGUGCUUCAGAAGGAACAGCGGUGGAAAUGACAAAUAGAGUAUUUAGCCUCCCCUCCUUCAAUGAUGUGCUUGAGGGGGAAAUAUUUCUUCAAAACUUGCCCAGCAUUAUCACUGCUCAUGCUUUAGAUCCUCAAUCAGGAGAGCGUAUAUUGGACAUGUGUGCUGCUCCUGGAGGGAAAACAACUGCAAUUGCUAUCCUUAUGAAGGAUGAAGGAGAGGUUGUUGCAGUUGAUAGAUCUCACAAUAAGGUGAUGGAUAUUCAGAAGUUGGCUGCUGAGAUGGGGUUGACUUGCAUAACUACGUAUAAGCUUGAUGCCCUUAAAGCAGUUUCUUGUACAAACCAGUCAGUUGAUUUUGCCACUCAAAAUUGUAAUGAAGAAAAACAAAAGGCAGAUGUUGCAAGUUUAAGUUCACUUGAAUAUCCAAUGGAAGAUGUACCAUCAGUUACUCUGGAAGGUGUCAAUGGUUGUUUGACUCAUGAGGAAAAUGCUACCAAUAAAAAAACAAAUCAAGGAAUUUACCAUAGCAAAGCUGACAUCAGGAAGAAUGCUCGUAGACUGAGAAAUGGACUUGGGAGAAGUCAUUGCAAGGGUGAUAGGGUUGACAAUUCAAAAGGCUUCCCUCCUAAUAGUUUUGAUCGGAUCCUUCUUGAUGCUCCCUGUUCCGCCCUUGGUUUAAGGCCUCGACUAUUUGCUGGUCAGGAAACAAUAGUAUCUUUAAGAAACCAUGGGAGGUAUCAAAGAAGGAUGUUUGACCAAGCAGUGAAGCUAGUUCGACCAGGUGGAGUCAUUGUGUACUCCACAUGUACAAUAAACCCUGGAGAGAAUGAAGCACUAGUUCGUUAUGCUUUGGAUAGAUACAAAUUCCUCUCCCUAGCUCCACAGAACCCAAGAAUUGGAGGACCUGGCCUUGUUGGUCGCUUUGAAUAUUUUGAUGGAAAAGUUGAAGAAUGGUUAAGACCUGGUGAGGAAGAACUGGUUCAGAAGUUUGAUCCAUCAUCUCUACUUGAUACGAUUGGUUUCUUCAUUGCCAAAUUUAAUGUUGGCCAAUGCAUUCCUGACUUAUGCUGAGGAUAUCCAUUAAUGCAUCGCAAUAUCAUAAAUGAUGGUAGGCGUUCGUCACCUUCACACAGAAUAACUGAUAAUUUGGAAUUGUUUAAUUUGGUCAAAGAAGGCUCGGGUUGUCAGGAACCUGUGCAGGGCAGAGUGCGGUCAAAACGGUCAUUGAUCCAAAGAAAUGUUUCCAAGAGCUCCAUUCUCUAUUUUGGCUACAAGAGAUUGGCAAAAAUAUUUGUUUUGCACUGUACAAUCAAUUUUUACAGGGCACUAUGGCAGGUUC